CUUCCCAUUGUGAGACAGGGAAAGAUCUGACCCAUUUUGCUCUCAAUUCUCUCUCUUUCUUUCUGAGGUACUUUUCCUAAUUUUGGAUUUGGAUUUUGGAGGCCCUUUGUCAAAAGGGUCUUAUUUUUUUUUGCAAUCUCUCUCAUCCCGGUUUUAAUCCUAUUCCUUGUGCUUAUCUCACUCCUCCACACUGCUAUUCCUCUCCCUUUGUUUUCAUUGCUCGCUUCCGCGUUUCUCAUUUUCCAAAGCUUCUUCUGUCUGCAAAUUUCCUGUCUUUUUGGCUCUACCAAUCGUGGGUGUCGCCAUUCCGGGUUGUCCUGUAGUUGGAGCUAUGGCUGCUGAGGUUGUGGGAUUUGAGAUGGUUGAAGGGCCACCGGAAACCGGUGCUGAAGGAGACAAAUCUGUUUCACAAGAAUGUGAAAAUGGGAAAUUGGAGCAAGAUGAAGGAGCUGCAGAGCCCAUAAAAUUCGAGUCACAUGAAGAUGAAUCUGCUAAAGCUGAAGGGAAUGUUGUUUUAGAUAACAAUGUUCCCAAAGAAGCAGCUGAAGAGUGGCCUGCACCGAAGCAGAUACUUUCUUUUUAUUUUGUUAGGUUCCGGCCUUAUGAUGAUCCUAACAUUAAAGCUAAACUUGAUAAGCUUGAUAAGGAGAUUAGCCAGAAAAAUCAAGCACGAAUUCAGGUUACCGAUGCUUUAAGGGCAAAAAGGUCAGAACGAGCAGAGUUGAUUUCUCAGAUUAAGUCUCUAAGAGACAACAACAGGCAAUUUCAGAGUAUUGUUGAUGAAAAAAUAAAAGAGAUUGAACCUCUGCAGCAGGCACUUGGCAAGCUUCGUACCACCAAUAGUGCAGGUCGAGGGGCUGGACUGUGCUCAUCUGAGGAGGAACUUAACAGUAUUAUCAAUAGCUUGCAAUACCGCAUACAGCAUGAGAGCAUUCCAUUGGCCGAAGAAAAACAAAUCCUUAGAGAAAUCAAGCAACUUGAGGGGACAAGGGAGAAGGUUAUUGCUAAUGCUGCCAUGAGAGCCAAAGUACAAGAUUCGAUGGGGCAGAAAGAGGCCAUUCAAGAUCAGGUUAAGCUUAUAGGUGGUGACUUGGAUGGAGUUAAAAAAGAGAGGCAAGCAAUUCGGUCCAAAAUCAAGCAACUUGAUGAUGGAAUACAAGCCUUAGACAAGGAUAUCAUGUCUUUACAGGAUGAACUAGCAGCUAUUACUGAAAAGAGGGAAAAAGCUUAUGAGAGCAUUCAGCAGCUAAGAAAACAACGUGAUCAAGGGAACUCCAAUUUCUACCAAAGCCGGACAAUUUUGAACAAGGCACGGGAGCUUGCAGCUAAAAAAGAUAUUAAUGCACUUGAGGAACUUUCACAAACUGAGGUUGAGAAAGCUAUGUCAUUCUGGAACAGUGACAAAUCCUUUAGGGAUGAUUAUGAGAAAAGACUUUUGCCAUCACUGGACAUGCGGCAGUUGAGUAGGGAUGGACGGAUGAGGAACCCAGAUGAAAAGCCACUUUUGGAAGAACCAAAACCUGCCGAAACAGAUAAAUUACCGAAAAGCAGUGUACAACAACCAAAGGAGGAGCCGAAAUCAUCUCCGCAAGAAACUGUGCCAGCUCAGAAGGUUCAGAAUGAAACCAAAAAGAAAGGAAAAGAUUUGAAAUCAAGUCUGGACAGUAAGGAUUCAGAAGAUGCAGAUGAGUAUGAAUUUGAAAGGCCAAAAGAGGUGGUUCCCAAGGAGCCUCCAGUUGAUCCAGAAAAGCUGAAAGAGAUGAAAAGAGAAGAGGAAAUCGCGAAAGCAAAGCAGGCCUUGGAAAGGAAGAAAAAACAAGCAGAGAAAGCCGCAGCCAAAGCAGCUAUAAGAGCACAGAAGGAAGCUGAGAAGAAGCUUAAGAAGGAACAAGAGAAGAAAGCAAAGAAGGUGGCUGGUGGCUCUGGAGCUGUUCCAAAUCCCGAGGAACCAGCAAAUGAAGUUGAGGAGGUUACAGAGCAGAAGACCAAUGAUACUGUGGAGGCCUCAGUUCCGGCGAAGGAGAAGGUGCAAAAGGAGAGCAGUGCUAGGUCCAGGAGUAGAGUGAAAGCAUUGAAAACCCCCGAGUCAAUUCCAAAAGCUAUUCUCAAGAGGAGAAGGUCUAACAACUGGAUAUGGAUUGCAUCUUGUGCUUUGAUAGUCCUGGCCUUGAUGGUGCUUGGAUUCAUCCUUCUUUCUUGAAAAGCUUAGGUCUAUCUAUAAGGAGCUAUAAAGCAUUUUCUGUGGGUGGCUUGGCUUGGCUAGGUUUGGCAGAGUAAUUUUAUGUUCUAUACAGUCCUCUUGGGGCAGAGGAUCAAACACACAUCAAUGUGUUAUGCUUAGCUCUUUGUGAGAGGAUAAGUUACUAUAUAUUUUAGUCUUGACUCCAAAUUUUGUUCAGAUUUCAUGUUACAGGAAUUUGGAUUUAUGGUUUUUUUUUUCUUUUUUCUUUUUGGGUAGUUAAUUCUUGAGGGAAAUGGUACUGAUAUACUUGAAACUUUGUGCUGAGAUAUUCUAUAUGUUUAGUUUUGAUAAUAUAGAGAAUUUCUUUUUUAUGUAAAAUUAUGAAACGUGUUGAAAAUUGGUGUUGGUAGA